AUGGUCUGCAACUAUUCGCAACCUUUUCACCGCUACAACAUCAGCACCAUCGACACUCAGAAAUUUCCUCUUCCCAACACGUCUGCCAUUCCCUGCACCUCCUCGGACGACGACAGCUGGACGACUACUCCGUCACUCCCCACUAAAAAAUCUCUCACGGCCCGCUGCAGCGACAAAGCUCCAGUCCACCGUGCCAUCGUCACCAAGCUAGAGGAAUGGCAUCACGUCCACCGCACCGGAAAACCUUCAUUCCGCUACGGACGCGAGCCGAAGUUACCCUCACGCGUCUUCGAUCGCCUGGGCCGUGAGGUCCAGCUCCGCCGCGUCAACAUCGCCACAACCGCCUCGUACGACGUCCUUGUCCUACACCCCAUUGGCAGUAUCCCAAUAAUCGCCGUCUGCCAUCCGACCAAGAACCAAUACGGCACCUUCCUACGCGAAUGGCGCGGUGUACGCGACGGUCUGGACCCGCGGUGUUGCGCCCUGCGUAUCUUCAUGCGCGGCUCCAAUCACGCUGACUUCCCCGACGGCGCGUUCGAUUGGAUUGAUAAUCUCAAUAGGUCGAGUUCACCCGCCUUGAGGCGGGCGUCACGCUCGUCCAAUUCAGUCAUCUCUCUCGACGCUGAAGACUCCACGCCGUCGCCCCGUCGAUGGUCCCGUCAGCUCCGGCCCACCGUCCCAAAGAAUUAUCAACUCCUUGAGGAUGACGUGUCUGGUGCGGAUGGCCCAACAAUUUCUUCCUCAUCGAAUCAACAUUCUCCCCCCUCGAAUCCUCGCUCGCCCAACCUGGUGUUCGAGAUUCUCUUCCAUCGCUACGGAGCGAUGCGCACGCGGGCCUUUCCCCUGACUGAGUGCCAGUCCUCAGAGCAGCUAUUCGGCAAAGUCCAGGACUUCUGCCAUGUCUUCGAUCCCGAGACCCGCGUCAAUGUGCUUUCUUGCCGCAUUCCCUCCCAGCCUGAGCGGCUGGUGUUUCGAGGCAGUGAGGGCGAGUUUGAUCUGCUGGUCCGAUCGGCCCAGGAGGGAAAGGCCACAACUAUUCAGAUCCAUCCUUGUUGACUAUUCAUUUGUAUGGAUUCUGAUGUACCUAUCAUUGUUUUACAUAGAUGUACAGAGCCUCAUCCGCAAAUCAGCUGGAUCGCGGUAGGGAGG